GUUGACGUCAGUCCUGCGACGCUCUCCCUCCGGCCGGCUGGCCAGUGAAUCAGUGCGUUCCCGAUCCGGGGCUCAGCAGCAGGAGCUGGGGGAAGGCAGGACAGGUAACAACAGGGGCCACGGCCAGCCUGGGGCAUAUACCUCACUCCUUAUACUGGGGGUACGGGGGGGGAUGGGGGGUCUGUGUUAUACAGGGACAGUCUGCUUCCAGGAUCUACUGCCUGUAAUAUAGAGUGUGUAAUACAUUGCACGGUCCUGUAAUACACAGAGCCUGUAAUACAGAGUGUAUAAUACAUUGCAUGGUCCUGUAAUACACAGAGCCUGUAAUACAGAGUGUGUAAUACACUGCAUGGUCCUGUAAUACAGAGUGUGUAAUACACUGCAUGGUCCUGUAAUACAGAGUGUAUAAUACACAGCAUGGUCCUGUAAUACACAGAGCCUGUAAUACAGAGUGUGUAAUACAUUGCACGGUCCUGUAAUACACAGAGCCUGUAAUACAGAGUGUGUAAUACACUGCAUGGUCCUGUAAUACAGAGUGUAUAAUACACAGCAUGGUCCUGUAAUACACAGAGCCUGUAAUACAGAGUGUGUAAUACAUUGCACGGUCCUGUAAUACACAGAGCCUGUAAUACAGAGUGUGUAAUACACUGCAUGGUCCUGUAAUACAGAGUGUGUAAUACAUUGCAUGGUCCUGUAAUACACAGAGCCUGUAAUACAGAGUGUGUAAUACAUUGCACGGUCCUGUAAUACACAGAGCCUGUAAUACAGAGUGUGUAAUACACUGCAUGGUCCUGUAAUACAGAGUGUAUAAUACACUGCAUGGUCCUGUAAUACUGAGUGUAUAAUACACUGCAUGGUCCUGUAAUACAGAGUGUAUAAUACACUGCAUGGUCCUGUAAUACAGAGUGUGUAAUACACUGCAUGGUCCUGUAAUACACAGAGCCUGUAAUACAGAGUGUAUAAUACACUGCAUGGUCCUGUAAUACACAGAGCCUGUAAUACAGAGUGUAUAAUACACUGCAUGGUCCUGUAAUACACAGAGCCUGUAAUACAGAGUGUAUAAUACACUGCAUGGUCCUGUAAUACAGAGUGUAUAAUACACUGCAUGGUCCUGUAAUACAGAUUGUAUAAUACACUGCAUGGUCCUUUAAUACAGAGUGUAUAAUACACAGCAUGGUCCUGUAAUACAGAGUGUAUAAUACACAGCACGGUCCUGUAAUACAGUGUGUGUAAUACACAGCACGGUCCUGUAAUACACAGAGCCUGUAAUACAGAGUGUGUAAUACACAGCAUGGUCCUGUAAUACACAGAGCCUGUAAUACAGAGUGUAUAAUACACUGCAUGGUCCUGUAAUACAGAGUGUAUAAUACACUGCAUGGUCCUGUAAUACAGAGUGUAUAAUACACUGCAUGGUCCUGUAAUACAGAGUGUAUAAUACACAGCAUGGUCCUGUAAUACAGAGUGUAUAAUACACAGCAUGGUCCUGUAAUACAGAGUGUAUAAUACACAGCACGGUCCUGUAAUACAGAGUGUGUAAUACACAGCACGGUCCUGUAAUACACAGAGCCUGUAAUACAGAGUGUAUAAUACACUGCAUGGUCCUGUAAUACAGAGUGUAUAAUACACUGCAUGGUCCUGUAAUACAGAGUGUAUAAUACACUGCAUGGUCCUGUAAUACAGAGUGUAUAAUACACUGCAUGGUCCUGUAAUACAGAGUGUAUAAUACACAGCAUGGUCCUGUAAUACAGAGUGUAUAAUACACUGCAUGGUCCUGUAAUACAGAGUGUAUAAUACACUGCAUGGUCCUGUAAUACAGAGUGUGUAAUACACAGUACGGUCCUGUAAUACAGUGUGUGUAAUACACAGUACGGUCCUGUAAUACAGUGUGUGUAAUACACAGCACGGCCCUGUAAUACAGAGUGUGUAAUACACAGCAUGGUCCUGUAAUACACAGAGCCUGUAAUACAGAGUGUAUAAUACACAGAGCAUGUAAUACAGAGUAUGUAAUACACAGCAUGGUCCUGUAAUACAGUGUGUAUAAUACACAGCAUGGUCCUGUAAUACAGAGUGUGUAAUACACAGCAUGGUCCUGUAAUACACAGAGCCUGUAAUACAGAGUGUAUAAUACACUGCAUGGUCCUGUAAUACACAGCAUGGUCCUGUAAUAGAUAUAUACACAGAUGUAAUACACAGCAUGGUCCUGUAAUACACAGAGCCUGUAAUACAGAGUGUAUAAUACACUGCAUGGUCCUGUAAUACACAGCAUGGUCCUGUAAUAGAUAUAUACACAGAUAUAAUACACAGCAUGGUCCUGUAAUACACAGAGUGUAUAAUACACAGCAUGGUCCUGUAAUACACAGAGUGUAUAAUACACAACAUGGUCCUGUAAUACACAGUGUAUAAUACACAGCACGGUCCUGUAAUACACAGAGCCUGUAACACAGUGUAUAAUACACAGCACGGUCCUGUAAUACAGAGUGUAUAAUACACUGCACGGUCCUGUAAUACACAGAGCCUGUAAUACAUAUGCCUCGUUUCCACUGAGCAUUAUGGUUCGGGUCGGUUUGUUUCAGAAGGGUUAGAAUGGUCCAGUCUAUUUAGGUGAGCGUUGCCACUGCAAGUCGUACCACCAGGGGGCAUGCGGGGUUUAGACCAAAUGCCUAGCGUGUCAUUUGUUGUGAGCAUUGACGUUUUCCUGUCCGCCAGUCAAUGGAUUGUUUAGUGUGACGCCAGUAGCUCCGCCCUAACUGUACCGUACCAUUUCCUUUGGGCCUACAUCUGAAGGGGGCCCAGAAAUGGUGCGGUUUGGUUUGGUUGUAUGGGCUACUUUCAUAAUGGAAACACUCAAAAUAGCAUACCGAACCGUACCGCUCAGUGGAAACGGGGCAAGAGUGUAUAAUACACAGCAUGGUCAUGUAAUACAGAGCCAUUCAUGCACAGCACAUUCUGUAAUACACAGAGCAUGGAAUACACACCCUGGUCCUGUAAUACACAGAGCCUCAUCCUGCAUGGGUAUAUUGGUUUAACUCUAUAUAUAAGAUUAUAUUCCCCACAAUAAUCUUGUUGUUUUUUUUUUUUGGUUUUUUUUUUACCCAUUAAUAGAACUGUUUGUAGAACUACUGCUCACCGUAUGUUUUGCCUCCAUGGGAGUCGUAGUCUUAGAAGGAUGUUCACAAUAUUCUGCAGCAUGUUAUAGAGCAUGUCUGGUGAGGUGCAGGUACACGUGUGUAGCUGCCAAGCUCCCGUUGCUUAUUAAAGGGACACUAUAGGCACCAAAACAACUUUAGCUUAAUAAAGCAGUUUUGGUAUGUAGAUAUUCUCUGCCAUUUAGAAGUUAAAUCAUGUUGUUUAUGCAGCACUAGUCACACCUCCCUGCAUGUAUCAUAUAUGUACAUCCUUCCUAAACACUUCCUGUAAAGAGUCAUUUAAUGUUUACACUUCCUUUAUUGCAAAUUCUGUUUAAUUUAGAAUUUCUCAUCUGCUACACUGUUAAUAGUGUGUUAGUCCAUGCAGGAGUCUCUUGUAUGUAAUUAAAGUUCAAUUUACAGAGCAGGAGAUAGCAGCUGUUAAAGUAACAUCUAACUGAAAUAUUUUUUUUUGGUCAUUCAGGCUGUGUCAGUCACAGCCAGGGGAGGUGUGGCUAGGGCUGCCUAAACAGAAACAAAACCGACUUAACUCCUAAAUGGCAGAGGAUUGAGCAGUGAGAUUGCAGAUUCAUCAUUUAUUUACGAAAACGGCUUUAUUAAGCUAAAGUUGUUUCGGCAACUAUAGUGUCCUUUUAACAGUAUCUGCUGUUUUGAAGGAUGAGUUGGAACUCUUCAGGGUAUUUUAUAACAAAUUCCCUUUAAGGCCCACAUUUACAAGUUAAAUUAUUUUCUAAGAAAACCAAUGCAUUCAGAAAGAAUAUAUUUAAAUGUGCAAAUAUUUAUUGAAUUAUUACUCCGUUUAACAUGUGCAGAAAUAAUGUGCGGGAUACCCAUAAUUAUGCCCUUUACCAAGCGGAUUAAAAAAAUAAAUAAAAUCAAUCACAAAGGUAUAGAAAUAUAUACAUAUUUACUCUUGGGAGGAGUGUGCUGAGAUUGGACACCAGUUGUCACCUGACAUUGCACAGUCCAGAAUUCUUGUUUUGAGCUGAUUAAUGAUGACUAAGUAAUGCAGCCAGAGCUAGAGUUACACCUCCAUCAGCGAAUGGGUUAAACUUCCAUAGCAAAACUUUGCACAUACAAACUCCAGGCACUAUGAGCACUCCAAAUCACUGAAGUGGUCAUGGUGCUUUGAGUAACCCUUUAAAUACAAUCCUGUACUGAUUUCAAACUAAAUUGAAGGUCUCUUACUGCAAGAACACUGACAUCAACCAAUGAUUGGCUGAUGAUGACAACACAAACUGUCUCCAGAUCAGCUGUCAGGCAGCAGUGAGUGUCAGUCAUGUAUGUUGAACUGGACUUGGGUGGUAAAAGUAUUUUGCAACUCUUGCUCCUUUUAAAAUACCAAAAGUUAAUGAAGUUAGAAUCCAUACAGAGUCUGCAUUUUUUUCCCAGUGUAUCUCCUGGGUAACCUGUCAUGUGUUUUUUUUUAUUUUUUUAUUCAUGUAUGCAUAAAAGCACAAAACAUCUUGGCCCUUCUUUUAAAGGGUUACUCCUGACCACUUCACUGAUUUGAUGUGACCUGGAGUCUGUAUGUUCAGGCUUUCUCUUAGAAGCGCUGCACAUACAGAUUUUAACAGCUCUGCUAUCAGAAGUGUAACUUCAUCUCUGGCAGUGUUCUUGGACGUCAUUAGCCAGGCCAACACGAGUUCUGGGCCGGCUAAUGUCAUUUCUGUGCAUAUUUGACAUCUGUUGUAAGGCUUCAUCUGUCGUGCCGUUUACAUCCGUAAUUGGGGCUUACCUCACAUCUGAUAAAACUAAAUGUGUGUCCCAAUCAGCAAUGAACACUGCCAUAGGAUCUCACAGUGACUAACAUUUGAUCACUUUUACAGCAGUAAGAGGCCCAAUUUUUAUAAUUCACUGGGAUCAAAAAUAAAUUGUCUGAGUAUUAUCACCAAGUAUAAUUUAAAAAAUGGCAGACAGCCCUCAUUAAACCAUUAUUUUUAAAGAUUUACUCUUUUUGGCUAAUUUCAAUUCUGUGCAUAUUUAUUUGCACAUAAUUGCAUUAAGUGUCUGAGAGGGGCCAGCUGACGCUCUCAACCAAUGAAUGACUGUCAGGAUCGACUUCUGCAGCUCUGUAGAAUCUGAAUGUCAUCACUGGCAACAGGAGGACAGUCGGUGCAUGGCGGGGAACCAGGCAAGAAGGCUAUAUCGUUUGACCCAUUACCUGUAAACAGAGCCAGGGUACUCCUGGAAUGAUACCCACUUCAACCCCAGUGGACUUUCAUGUUUCUAUUAUUAACCCCUACUGGACCACCACUAAAGAUAGCUCUCUCCCUGCAAAAAGAGUAAGAAGGUGAAGGGGGCAAAUGUGUUUCUAUUUUUAUUUUAUCAUUGCAAGUAAAUGAACAUAAUUAUGUUAACCAUUAAAGGGAUCCUAUAGUUCCCGGAGAACCCUCCCUCAGUGCCCCCCUCCCUCGCCGCUGAAGGGGUUAAAACCCCUUCAGUCACUUACCUUACCUUAAUCCAAGGCCGGGCUCCCUCGGCGCUGGUGAACUCUCCUCCCCCGCUGGCGACGUCGGCUCCCAAGUGGAGCCGCAUGCGCGACCAGAGGCUCAUUCUAACCCGCCCAUAGCAAAGCAUUACUCAAUGCUCUCCUAUUGGGAUCUUUUUUUUGGCACUGGCCUCCGUGAGGGCGUCCAGUGUGAAAUAAGUGCGAUUUACUCAGUGUAAAGCGCCUCUAGUGGCUGUCGGGGAGAGAGCCACUAGAAGCUAGAUUAACCUUGCAGUGUGAACAUAGCUGUUUCUCUGAAAUUGCGAUCUUUUUAGCUGCCGGGUUAAAACUAGGGGGACCUGGCACCCAAGCCACUUAAUUGAACUGAAGUGGUCUGUGUGCCUAUAGUGGUCCUUUAAGCACACAUCACACACAAUAUGAUCUCAGUUUCCUUGUUUAAUUGCAGUGUUGGAACUUUUAGAUACAUUGGUUUUGAGUUGCAGUUUGGGUACUCAGGCUUAAAAAAGUUUGUCAUCACUACUCCAGAUUGUCAGUUCUGUGGACCAUCCUAUCCACAUGUUUCUUGAGUGUCUCUAGAUGCGUUUAUGUUGUGCCACCCGUUGUCCAGAGCUGCGCAGUAUGUUUCGAGGGCUGUGUAAUAAUUGCAAUUUUUACCAUCUGUCCUGGUUUAGGAAGUCUGACUACCGGGCUCUGCUGAACUCAUCAACUCCUGCUAAAAUGCCGGUGAAAAAAAAGAGAAAAGCUUCCUCCGCCGAAGAAAUGAACUUAAAAAAAUGUAGAAUAACAAGGUACUGUCAUUGUUUUGCCCAUAUCUAUAUAGUUUUAAAAAAACGGUUACAAUUUUUUGUUUUUUUAAACCUUUUUGAAAAGGCUAAAGAUUCACACUUAUACUAACUGUGCAUUUUUGUUUUUAGUUAUUGUAGAUCUCAAGCACCUGCUAGAAUAAUAGGUGGAGAAGAUCUGUUCUCUAGCAAGAAAUGUCUGUCCUGGUUUUAUGAAUAUGCAGGUAUUUCCUGUCGUUAUUGUAUAUUGCUACACUCUGCAUUCUGCAUAAAUGCUUAGCUCCCUAUUUAAAACAUCAUGUAAAUCACUCCAUAAAGUACUACUGCUGUGAUAUAAAAAUAAAAAAUCCAUGAAAGUUAUUGAGUAGAUGUUUAAUAUAUACAAUAGUCCGCUUGAUGGAGAGAGAGAAGGCAUGCCUGUCCUUGCAACUCAGAAUACAUUUAGAUUCCACACCGCUUUAAUAUCGUGUAAAUGAUUUAUUCUAUCAAACUCUAAAACGAUGACUUGACGUAAACAGAGUUCUUGUUUAAACAUUGUUUGGUCCAAUUGUUGAAUGUUUGAAUAAAUGAUGUACAUGCAAUCAGGAGGAUUCAGAGUUUCUCAACUAAGGUAGGUAUAUAUAUAUUGCUAACAAUAACAAUGUUUAUUUCUUUGAGAAAGUAUUGACACUCAAAUUUUUUAUUAUUUGGUAACGUUUUCAUGUUCAAGGUUUUUCGUUUUAUAUUAAGUAAAUGAAUAUAAGCAAAUGCCUUGCCUAGACAGUUCUCCUGGUUUACUAAAUGUUUUCCACUUUUCUUUUGUGAUUUUUUUUUAUUUUUUAUGAAGUUUAGGUGAAAACUAAAUACAUGGGUAUGCUAGGCAACUAUGAUGCAAUGAUGUGUUGGAUUUAAAAAAAAUAUAUGUUUUUAAGAUCAUGGCAUUUUUGGGAAAAGAAUAAAACACACUUGCUCAAUCACCUUGUGUCACACUUCCAAGAUUAGUACGUGAACAGUAUCUGCACUUUUCCCUACAACUCUGUAGAGAUACGUGCAGCAUAUCCAGCUCUCAGUGAGAGAAUUGUACAGAAAAUGCGCUUGCGUGUCUCGUGAUGAUGGUUUCCCCCUCAUAUAGCCAAAGUCCAUCCUUCUAGUCUCUCACAUCUAAGUAGUAGCAGAACAUCAUAAACCCCUACAUCUCUUGUAGACAUCACUAUACUAUGUGUACACCAUGUUGCCAUCCUUGAUUCAGCAGAUCUUCCAAUAAAUCUCAAUCAAUCACACUGUACCAAGGCAGGCCCUCUCCCUGCAUAUCUUAAUCAUGAGUGACUUGAUUAAUGGCAGCACCUGCAAAUUGCAGCUUUAGCUGUAUACGUUUCCAGAAUUUAUUUUGUUGCCAGGUUUCAAAAACUAGUAUUUAAAAGAGUGCGAGCACCAUAACCACUACAGCCAAUGUAAAUAGUCAAACUGUUUUUAGAAUGGUUCAGUUUCUUACUUGGGAUCGGUGUUUUCUCUUUGCCUCCAGGUUCUAAAACAAUAUGAUUACUUACAAAGGUAAUUAUGAAGCCAGGGCUUUCCUGGCUUCAUAAUUACUACAGCACACUUGGUGUUUGGAUUAUUUCUUUAAAGAGUUGCAGUGCUAUGAAUUUUAGGGUCUAUGUGCGUACGUGCGUAUGAAUGCAUGUUGUAUCACUGUGUGUUAUUUGUAGGGUGUGUGAGAGGAGGUUUCGGGGAUGUGUUCAUUUUCCAUACCUAUGGUAUUCUAUGUAUGAACUUAACUCAUUCCCAUGGCAUUCAUUGCUAUCCACUCCCAUCUUAUAUCACCUCCAACCACAACUUUCACAUGUCAAUUUGGUGCUUUUUAUUUAUUUAUUUAUUUUUUCACGUCACGGAUAACCACUUCGCCCGCACCUUCAGAUUAUACUUUUUUUUUAUCUCAUUAUGAAGCUUAAGAAUUCUUGAAAAAUAAAAAAAUAUUUCUAUCACUGUAGUUUACAUAGGCUGAAGUAUUUGAAUUCAUUCCGUUGUUUGCUUUUUUUUAAUUUUUUAUUUAUUAUUAUUCCUUUUCUUUAUUGUUUGUAAAGGGCCAGAUGAAAUUGUUGGGCCUGAAGCCAUGGAAAAGUUUUGUGAAGACAUUGGGGUUGAACCUGAAAAUGUAAGUGCUCUAUUUUUACAAAUGGUUAAAUGGAUUAAAAAAAAAUGUGAGUUGGAAUUGGCUCAAGAUCAAAGCCACUUCCUUGUCAUUGCAGAAGGAACAGAUCUUUGAGAUUUGCUCCAAACAAGGUUUGUACAUUGUGGCUGCAAUAAAGAGUAUUUGAGCAAGCACCUUUUUUCUUGGGAUAUUCUGAUUAACAAGCUUUAAACAUCUAAUGUAGACAAAAGUCUUUAACAACAGUAGUUGACCCAACAAAAGAAUGAUUAUUAUUCUUAUUAUUAGAAAUUAAGGCACUUCAACUAGGAUUCAUAGCCUUGGAGUGUAAACUUGCUGCAGUCUUUUUUUGAUGCUAGUUUAUUAUGCAUACAUGCAUUGCAAGUUUCCUGUAGUGCAUCUCUGGAGAAAAAUGGGUCAGCUGCUUUCAUUUACUGAGUUUCCACUGAACUGAGUUCUUGAGUAUGGUCUAGAAGAUGAUAGUCUGUUGACUCAGCUUGUGAGUACUUGGGACCUGUCUGAGCUGCUGGUAAGUAAUGUAUCCAGGGGCUAUUAUGAGCAGGGUAAGCUUCUUGAUACUUACUUUACAUGCAAAAAGGCUAUUUAGCAUGACACUAUAGAUUUGUGGAUUUAUUUUGUUAGAAUGCUAUAUAAAAUGGUUUAAAAACAAAAAACCCUCAUAGUUUUUUGUCUAAUUUUUGUUAAAAAUAAAAGCUUGCAUGUAUUAUAACUAUUGUGUAUUAUUUUGUAGUGUGCACACACACAUAAGUUAAUAAUUUUCAUUCAUCUCAUUGUUUUACCUUGGGCUGGAUUUUAAUAAUCUGUAUUAUUAAAAAUAGAACUGAAAUGUACAAAUUCAGACCUCAUUAUUGCACUUCUGGGCACCUCCAUUUUGGCUCCCUGACGAUCAGCUUUGUCCUUUGCACAUGGCUGUCAGCACUGCAAAAGCAUACAGAGAGGAGAUGAAAUGAGACCAUAUGGAGGAGAGGUCACUAGCACAGAGGGGGCCGGCGCUGGAUUAAUGUAUGGUAAGUAGCCGAAGGUGCCGAGGGAGAUGUGCCCUAAGUGAGGGUUUUCCUGGCACUAUAGGAUUCCUUUAAUGGUUAACAUAAUUAUGUUAAUUUACUUGGAAUGAUUAAAAAAAAAAAAAACACACACACACAAUUUGCACCCUUCACGUUCUUACUCUUCAGAGAUACUGCUAUGUUUACACUGCAGGGUUAAUCCAGCCUCUGGUGGCUGUCUCACUGACAGCCACUAGAGGCUGCUUCCGUGAUCCUCAAUGUGAAAAUCGAAUUGAACUCAAUGCGAAAAUCGAAUUAAAGCGUUGAGUAAUAGUUUCCUAUGGGCGGUUUGAAUUCGCGAGCGGCUCUGGCCGCGCAUGGACAUUCGGAGCUGACGUCUGCAGGGGGAGGAGAGGUCCCCGAGGAAGGGGGACUCCGAGGUAAGGGGGGACCUAAUAACCCUAAAGUGCCAGGAAAACAAGUUUGUUUUCCUGGUACCAUAGUGUUCCUUUAAUCCGUUCCAGAAGGCUGUUUGAGAACCGAUUUGUUCGAAAACCGAAUCAAAAUUUCCCAUAAGAAUUAAUAUAAAUUAGAUUAAUCAGUUACAGACCCCCAAAAAUAUUUCAUUUUAACACAAGUUUUACAGUUUAAUAAUACAUCACAUGCAUAAAAUCAUACUGAAAAACCAUAAACACAACUGUUCGCUUUAUCUAAUGCUAGGAGGGCGAUGUGUCAUGCCAACCGAGGUUCCAACAAGGUUAAUGCUGUGUGAUUUUGUUCUAAGACAGAGUUUUGUUCGGGUACCGAGACAUUUUUUUUUUUUCCCCUCAAAUUUUAUCUUUGAAUACCGAAUUGUUUGGGUGAGGGAGCGUUCCAGUUCCGAGGUUCCACUGUAUUUUGGUACAAGUUGUUGUUGUUUUUCAUAAUUUUUUUUUUUUCUUUUCAUUUCUUAACUUUCUUAGAUAAUCAUGUUGGUUCUGGCCUGGAAACUAGAGGCUGAAAACAUGGGCUUUUUUACGAAGGAGGAAUGGUUAAAAGGAAUGACAUCUUUACAGUAAGAAAGAUCAGGAAUAAAUCUUGUAUGAUGUAGGCAGUUGUAAGCUGUGACAGUCCAUUCAGUUGAUUUUUAUACAGUGCUGGUGGGCUGUUAUUUUGUUUUGUUUUUUUGUGUUGCCAUUCUUUAGUCACAUUCAUGUCUUCUAGCAUCCUCUUUGCAAGAAAUACCAUGAGAUAAGGUACUGUAAAUAAAAUGUCUAAAAAAACCCAAAAAACUAGCUUUCCAAGAUCUUAAAACUGCGCACCUUAAAUAAGCUUACUGUCGCUUCAGGCCGAUGCCCUUCCUCACCAGGAAGAGGUUCCAACAAUCAGGGCCUCUAAUUCUGGUCUAUAGAGUCUGACCUUGUUCCGUAAACUUUUGUUCAGCAGUGGUGUAUGGAUAAAGUAGGUUAUCACCCCAACAGCAGUUUCAUUUAUCACACAAGAUGACUGGAACUGCUCUUUAAAGAAACACUAUAGGGUCAGAAACACAACCAUGUAUUCCUGACCCUAUAGUGUUAAAGGUGGCUUGCCCCUCCUCCUCCCCCCUUUAAAGCAAUGAAAAAUCACCUUAUUUCUUGCGCCGCACUCAUCCGUCGGCGCUGGCAAUUGUGACAUAACAAUUGCCGAUUUGUAGCCAAUCUAAUGCUUUCCCAUGGGGAAAGCAUUGGAGAGGCUAAAAAUCGGCAAUGGGGCGGGGCCAAACACCGUUUUAGUCAAUCAGCACCACCUCACAGAGAUGCAUUGAUUCAAUGCAUCUCUAUGAGGAAAAUUCUGCGUCCCCAUGCAGAGCGUGGGGAUGCUGAACGGCACUGUUGCCUACUGUGCAGCCCUGAGCCAGAAAGCAACUCCAGUGGCCACUUGGAGGUGUCCCUAGGGGCAAUGUAAACACUGCCUUUUUCUGAAAAGGCAGUGUUUGCAUUAAAAUGCCUGCAGGCAAUGAUUAUACUCACCAGAGCAACUACAUUAAGCUGUACUUUAGUGUCCCUUUAAGUGAAAACAUGUCAUUUAUAGUGCAAAGGUAACAUGGUAUAUCUUUAAUGAGACUAGAUUUCAAUCUGUAUUGUGAAAUGCUGCUGCAGAUUUUAAGGGCAUGUGUGAAAAUGCAUAAAGCAGCUGUGUAUCUGCUUACCACACCCUUUACAGCCAUCUUGAUCUUCUAGAAAACGUUCUUCCAGCGCGAUGUAUAGAUUACAUUAAUAUCCCUUUCUCAUGCUGAUGAUGUUGUCUACAGCUUUUCUGUGUUACAAGUAUACGUUAAAAGGAACCUUGCUUACCAUUGGGCCUCACCUGUUAGCAGAGCAGGAUCAAAACAAAAGGUUUUUUACCCAAAUAUCAGAAGCGUGCACAAUAAAAAGGGAAGAAAAUAAAAAUCUUGCAUCACAUAAUUUUUGUAGUGUACAGAAACCUCUUUUCACUUAUCGAAAAGUUUGACGAAAAGUCUUUAACUGAAGGCAUUUAUUAGUCAGUGCGAUCUCAUAAUAUUUAUAUUAAAACAUAGACUUUUUAUCUGAAAGUUAAAUAUGCGUGUUUUUUCAUUUUAUUUUUUAUUUUUUUUUCUUCCCCGGUACAAUUCUACUAUUCUUACUACUAACCACAUCUGUUAGAUGAAUAAAUAACCUUGGAUAAUAUUUGCAUUGUCGAUCCAAGUUUGUAGGGGUAGCUUAACUUAAACACUCUUUCUUUUCCAAGAUGUGACUGCACAGAGAAGCUACAGAGUAAAUUUGAUUAUCUACGCGCUCAACUCAAUGACAUCACUGCUUUUAAGAAUAUUUACAGAUAUGCUUUUGAUUUUGCAAGGGUAAGUCUAGGGCUGUUACAACACGGACCCUUUCGUCCUUGGUAAGUUUUGAUGUUUUAUUUUAGAUUUCAUGCAGAUUGCUUAAAGGAACACUCUUUGGUUAUUACCAUGCAUAACUUUUGUCUUUCUUUUUCUCUGAUAAACAAGAAAUUCAUAUUGUGACUUUUAAUUCUAGAUCUAUAGCAAAUUUGACAGUAUCUGGUUUUUGUUUUGUGGUUUUUUUUUUUCCUAUUUCCAUUUCUUUUCCUGUUUUAUUUUGUUAGUUCGUUCUAUGUAGGUAUUACAUUCAGAACAAGUGAGCAGUAUUCAAAAGCCCCUCAUCUAGAUAAUCUAGAGAUUAUAGUAAAAAUAGAAGUCUGGAAAGGAGGCUAUACGAGUACAUUAAAGGAAAUCUGUUUUGAAAGUUGUACUUUUCUUUACUUUGAUCUGAAAUCCCAACAUUCUUAUGUUUUGUAAAGUGUGUACUUUUUUGGCAGGAUUAGUGAAAAUAGAUAUUUUAAAAAUGGGUUGAUGGUAUUUAUUGUUAAAUCAGUUGGUCAAAUAGGAACUUGGUGCCAAUGGAUAGACCAUAUUUUAAGUGCGUUUCUGAGGAAUAUUAUAAUAUUGGGCAAAUAUCUUGUAUCAUCUAGGUAUAAAAUAGUAGAGUCAAAGUAUGACAUAGUUUGCCUGAAGUAUAGCAUUAAAAAAAAACAAAAAAACAAUACACACGUUAGUUUUGUGGAAUCUGCGGUAGAAGCUGUUUUUUGUAUUUUUACGCAUUCAAAAUAAAUCAAUGGUGGCACUGUUCAGAGAUAACCUUUAUUUAAUCGCUAUCAGACAAACACUUUUAGUCUGUGUGACUACAUCUGUGUGUAUGUUUGCCUUAAACACAAAUUACACAAAUAAUGUGGCUGUCUUAUAAUACUAUAUAAACUUUUUAAUAUGGCCACCCUUGUCACUAAAACUUUUAACCGGUGAUAACUCAAUGUCUGUCUCUUUAUUAUAGGACAAGGACCAGAGAAGUCUUGAUAUUGACACCGCAAAGUCUAUGUUGGCAUUGCUAUUAGGUAGAACAUGGCCGCUAUUCUCAGUAUUUUAUCAGUAUUUGGAGGUAAGAAUAUUAACUUAUACACGUAUGACACAGACAGACAAGUGCAUGUUUUGUAUAUGGUACUGAUGCAUUAUAUUUAUAUGUAUUCUUUUGUCCUCCAAAACGAUUGGAAGACCAGGAAUACAAUUUAGUCAUGAAUACAUUGGGUUACAUUAAUUUUGAAUGGGUGAAUAAUAUACAUAUGCGCAGGUGAAAACAUUUUUCGGAACAGAGGUAUCACUGUCUUAUAUAACAGGACUCAAGAUUUUCACUAGCCAUUGGCAAGUUGAAAUAAACCCAUGCUCAGCGUGCCAUGGACCCUUCAGGCUUUCAGUGUUAAAUAAAUUUAUAAGGCCUGGCUGGUCGGAUAGUAUGUGAUGCCAUGCAGACACGCUUCACACACUUAAAGCACUUAAGCUUGCUGAAGUUUGUCUUUUUUUUUCCUUUUUAAAAUGGAAAAGAAAAAUUAAGUGCAGAGUUCAAUAGAAAUUGGCAUGUUUAUAAAUAAACCUUGUUACCCCCCACUGGCUGUCCGAGAACAAGUCCGGUUACAUCCUGCUUGUUUAGCUCAGUGGAGAUAAACUGAACAGGCAGGCAAUUGCUCAGAGGAACAACCUUGCAAAGACUUCUCAAUGAGCUGCAUUGGGAAGUCUGUGAUUGAUUGGACAGCCGAAGAAAGUCUAGGCAGGGUUAGUAGGGGAGAAUUUUAAAGGCAGCAGGCAAGAUAUUUGGAGCUUUUGAAAACUGUUAUUAGAUAUACUCCCAUUGGGGGGAAAAUGCGUAAGUAAUGCAUGUUUUCGACUGGGUAAAUCUGAUAAACAGUGAUUUAAAAAAAGUGGUGUAUCUUUGAAGUCCUGUUUUGUAUAGUGUCUGACUUUAACCUCUUAAGAUCUAAUGAUAGUUUAUCAGAGUUCUCCAUUCUAACUAUUGAUUCACACCUCUCAUUAUUCUCAGGUGACUUGGGAUUUAUGGGACUUGUAGUAUAAUAGCUGAAGUGCUAUAGCAGUACUAUGAUAUCAAGAGUCUUGUUCUAUUGUAAUCCAAGUUCUCUCGUAUUAGAGACAAUUGUGUGGAAACAGAUUGUCAUAAACCUUCUACAAUUCAUGUCCUUAUUGCUUCAUGCUGAUAUGCAGCACAUUCUUUUUUUCACCCGGAUGUGUAUGUAGUCCCUUAACAAGGUUUUAGUAUUUCCGAGCCCUUCCAUAAACACCAUUGGGUAUAAACGUAGGCAGCUAACAGUCCACUGUUUAUCGGACACCCAUUAAAUUUCAUGGGUCCUUAUGUUACUUCUCAGAGCACAGUGCUAACCUGUAACGUUUUCCUUUUAGCAAUCAAAGUACAGAGUUAUGAACAAAGACCAGUGGUACAAUGUCUUAGAAUUCAGCCGAACCGUGCAUGCCGAUCUUGGCAACUAUGAUGAAGAUGGCGCAUGUAAGUGACAUUCUAAAAAUUUUGCUUAGGAAUGUUAAUCCUAUAUAAACAGGUUGGGGGCAUUGUGUUCUUUACAUCAUACAAUGAGUAACUCCAAGCCUAAUCUGCCUUUGGUUUGAUUCUGAUGGAUACUUAUUUCACAAGACAAGUAGAUGCCUCACACUUUUGCUUAUCAUGCAGGGUAGACAAUAUUUUCAAAUAUGUCAUUCUUUGAAACGAAUGUGGGUAAUCCUGGAGUGUGAGAAAACAUGGCCACUUACCAGAUUUAUGUGUUUCGUAAAUAGACCUGUAUAUUUCUUGUUUGAUCCGUUUUAAAAAGUGUCUUAUUUCCUCAGGUAAAGGGAUACUAUAGUAACCAAAACAACUAAAACCUGAAGGGAAACUAUAGAGCCAGGAAUACAAAGUUCUAUGCCCCUUCGCUCACACACUCCUCCCCCCGCAGCACAGAAAGGGAUAGAAACCCUUCUGUCACUUACCUGGAUCCUGCGCCUGUGCCCCACGGCGCUGGGUCAGGCUUCUCCUCCCUUGACGUCGGGGGCCAAGUUAAUGUGUAUAAUCUUCUUAUAGGUGGAUUCUUUCCUGUUAUAUUACGUGUUCAUAAUUUAUACUUCCUUAUUUUCCCAGGGCCUGUUCUCCUUGAUGAGUUUGUUGAAUGGCAAAAAGUACGUCAAACUUUAUAGCAAGAUCUAAUCUGGAGUAAUCACAAACUUUCCGAAUGCCCUCUAAGUUGAGACGUGUCUUGAAGAUUACCUUUCCAUCCUUGCAGAAGGCUUUCUUGUUUUUUAUGAUUUUAUUUUUCACUUUUUUUUUUCAAAUUUUGGGAUGGAAGUUUUCUGGUUACAUGUCAUGUUAGCAGUGAUUGGAUUCGGCAUCUGCAUCAGACUGAAAUAUGAAGUCGGUCAUUGUUUUAAGUCUAAUGAUGUUUACACACGUACCAAGUUAAUGUUUGCUAUGUCCUAAAAACUGAAGAUCUGAAAUCCUUUAAAAAUGUUUAAUUUUUUUAUUUUUUUGUUUUUUUAAGCCACUGAUUUCAAACCGUCGCUGGCCACUGUUACUACUCACUACUCCUCGAUGUUUCCUCCACGCGUAUGUUUGUUUGAGCAGAUAUUUAGAUUAUAUUUAUGAUGAAAGUUUUUCCUUGGUUGGACCGGCUCCGUUUUUUCCCCCUGUAGUACUUAUGCCAUACUGUUUGCCGAAAGGUUUCAAGCUCUUGAUUUCCCCGAGCUUUAAAAAAAAUUGUGCAAAUAUCUUGUAACUAUGAAAUUAUGAUGUUCACUUUUACAUUUUUGUCUAUUUGCAGCGUUAAAAAUGCAGUUUGUAGAAAAGUUUUCAGACCUACCUGUUUGGAGAUGAGGACAUGGCUAGGCAAGGACAUUGGAAUUAUGGGGUAGUUGGUGAUAGAAAGACUGGGCAUAGUGUUUGAGCGAAGAAAAAAUGAUUUGUUUAUUUUUGUUCACCAAUUUUUGUAUGCUGCUUUGAAAAGCUAAACCGCAUGUGUGGCUAUUACCGAUGUUUAUUAUUUAUGUAUCAUAAGUAACACCUUCUCCUAUAUUGGAAGCUAUUCAAUUAAACUGCUGUUCUUUUUGUUUUUGUUUUUUGUUUCAUGUUUUGAAAUACAAAGCUUCUUCGCAGUUUAUCUGUUAAUUUAUAAGCAACUACCAACUGUUGUUAGACGUGUUGGAAGCAACAAAAUCACCCCUACCAUCUCUCGGUCUUGUUUACCAAAUUGCAUUGUGUAGAUAUAACAAAAUAAUCUUUUAUGCCACAGUAACAGAACUCAAAAAGAAAAACAAAAGUUGGAGAAAAUAAGUUUCCUGAAAUUUGCAAUUCCUAAUCCCACCACUCUCUGUGUAGUGAUUAACCACAUUUUUUUUUCCUUAUAUAUCAGUCAUUGAUAUUUGCUGACCCACUAGAAGCUGUACUCUAUAAACAAUUUUACUUAUUUGACCAAAACUCAGAAAAGGCCUAAAACUGAUGGGGUUCUGGCCCUCCUAUACACGUGCCUGCCCCCACCCUGUUAGUUUUCCAUGCCGUUAGCAUAUUGGAAAAAUAUUUUGAAAUAAAAAAAAAACUGGUGUUUGUAGAAGACUUGGUGACAACAUUUUCAAUGACGUUUCUGUGGAGUUGUUUUUUACAUUUAUUAUUCUUGGGGUAUGGAAUUAAUAAUUAUAAUGCCCAUUUAAGUUGAGUAUAUGAUAUCCUGUACACUACCUCCAUUGAAUCCGACGUUGUUUGGACUCUGCCACAUUAAUGGCUUCAUCUUUGCAUUAUGCCAGCAGAUUGAUAAGCAGAGGUUUUGCAAAUGUUAGGGACAAUUAUUUUUCUUCACUUCUGGUUCCAGGUCUGGAGGAUUAGGUUACUUUGCUGCGCUCAACUAUAUUGCAUGCCGUAUUUCAUUCUGCAUUCCUGAACAAAUCUUAGCAGAGGCCAAGUAAAGUGUAUGAAUGUGGUGUUGGUCUGUUGGUCUGAAAGUGGCUGUGAUAUUGGCCGGGCCUGUCUGGCUGGUCCCUCCUGGGGCAAACCAUGUACAGAGCAUGAUUGAAGCGUACUGCUCAUGGGCUGUGGCUCAGAAGUUACUCUGUACAGUGCAAGUGCAACAAACGAUGCUCUCCUGCUAAACUGAAUGGGGAUCAGGGAAUGAACUCUGAAUGGCAUUACAGAUCUCAAGGUUUUGAAUGAAUCUACAAAGAAUACGACAGUUUGAAGGUUGUAGGUGUGUACAUGACUAUUUUCCAUUAAUUCUUGCAGCAAGCUCUUUAUUCUUGCCCAGUAACUUUUGCUAUAUUUUUUUGUGUCUUCUGCAAAUAUAAAUAUACCCAUUUUAGUCGAUUGCACAACGCAUACGUUAAAUUGGUUGCAUUAAGAGUACUUUUAAAGUUCUCGACCGAUAUUACGAAGGUCCCUGUUUAUCUAGAAGGCAACCUUCGGCACUCCAGGUGUUGUGGACUACAUCUCCCAUGAUGCUCAUAAAGCUAUAAUACUGAUAAAGCAUCAGGGGAAAUUUAGUUCACAACAUCUGGAAGGCCAGAAGUUAAAGUCCUGCACUCGGAGCAAUCUUCUGAAACAUUAUAUUGCUCCAAAACCAGCUUUUGGCUCUGGAAGAAUUGUCUCAAUUUUGAUAUAUUUAGCAAGGAAAUAUACUGCGUUUUGAAGAUUUAUCUUAAUAAAAAUCAUUUUUCCUGCAGCUCUUCAUUGUGGCUUACAUUAUUUAGCCCUUUUCUAAAUUGUGUUGCAGAUCUUCAAGGAAAAUUGCUAAUUUGCCAAAGCAUUCUACUAAUGCCUCAAAUAAGUAAAAUAAAUGUUUAUUUAUUAGUAGGGGAGGACAUUCGAUAAAAUGGAAAACAUAUAUGACGUAAUGUUUUUGAAGGGAAAAAGGUAUAAAAUAGCUACUUUUUAAAGUUUAUUGCGCAAUUGAUUUAUUCUUUUUGUCAUGUUGAUUAUUCAGCUGUUUGUUCCAAAUUACAAGCCACAUUAAAUAUUUUUGUUCUUUUGAAAUCCUCUAUUGCAGUUCUGUGUGAUUUGUUUGUAAUUUUCCCUAACAAAAAAAACGUACAAAAAUUACUAAACAG